AGAAACGUCUCUCUCUCUUCUCUUCUCUUUCAUUUUCUCUCUCUCUAAAUCUAAAAUUUCUCUCUUCUCUUUUAAAUUUUCUUUCUCUAAAAACGGUGGUGGUUGAUGGCAAGGACCAACAAGUAUUCCUCUAUCAAUUUCAACGACAUAUACGAUAAGAAAAUUAAUCCAAACAAAUCAUCUGCAGCUACAAAUUCUACAAACCCAUCAACCAAAUCAUCACUUCAAAACCUUUCCAACUCUCGUAUACAUGGCGGAAUGCUUGUUUUAACUCGUCCUACUCCAAAACCUCAACCUCAACCUCAAAUUAUCCCACAACAACAGCAGCAACCAUCUCUAUCUGCUACACAAAUCCCUAAAGUUUCAGAUCAAAUCGGACAAGAUUCAAUCUCUCUUCGUCCUGGUUCUACCUCAACUACUUCAUCCCAACCUAUAGCAAUAGUAGCACAGAACAAAGAGAAAGAAUCAGUAUUAUCAUCAUCAUCGUCGCGAUCGCCUUCAUUUUCAUCAUCAUCACUUUCUUCUCCAAAACCAGAACCAUUUGUUCCUCCACAUCUAAGACCAGGAUUUGCUGGUAAACAAGAUAGAUUAGGACAGGACGGACAGAAGAUUAAUCUAGGGUUUCGAUCUCGUGAGCUUGGAAAUAAUCAAGGCCAUUCAGCGAAUCAGUAUGGUGAUAAUGGGCGUCCUAAAUCAGGAGGAUAUUACAGAGGUGGUGAUUCGGAUCAGGAGCUUAUGAAUCGACCUACUUCUUCGUCUUCUUCCAGUGGAAAUCUAAAUCGACCUAACUCUAGCGGCAGUCGACCUAAUUCUAGCGGGAAUCGACCUAAUUCGGGUGGAUGGUAUGGUUCAUCAUCAUCAUCAUCUUACAGAUCUCCUCACCAUUUUUAGAUGAUUAAAAUGAUGAAGAUCUGAGAAUAUUUUUGUUGUUGUUGUUGUUGGUCUUACCGCUAAUCAAGUUAUCAUCAGAUAGACAGUUUCUCAUUACUUUUUCUUAAUUUGAUUGUUUUGAAUUAAAUUUGAUGGGAUCAUUACCAAACCCAGUUAGGGAGAAAGAUACAACUUCAGAAUUAAUCUUUGAUUUGCUUAUACGUUAUCACUUAUCAUUCUCCUGAUCGAAUUGAUGUAUGUCUACGUUAUGUUUUGGAUGAUGGGACCUGAUGUUAUAUUACUUUUAUUGCAGAACUUUGGCUCUUCA